AUGGCGCCAGACACAACAUCAAUCCCAGGUUACACGAUCUUCCGUGAAGGAGACUACGACAGUGCCGCCGCUGCCGCAGUGACACCACAGGGAACUCCUCACCCACUUGAUCAGCUCUCCAUUGCGGAAAUCCCCGUGGCGGCAGCCUUGUUCCGCCAGUAUGCCAGCCCGAAGCAACUCAAAUUUAACUGCAUCACUCUUCGUGAGCCGAAGAAGAAGGAGUAUACGGCAUUCAAGCAAGGAAAUGGGCCACGUCCCGACCGUCGCGCGUAUGCCAUUGUCAUUGACAGGCAGUCCGGAAAGAUCGCCGAGGCCGUUGCGAAUCUGACCACGUCCAAGGUCGAAGAGUGGAAGGACCUCAACGAUGUCAUGCCAACGCUGACCCUCGAAGACCUGGACAAGUUGGAGGAGAUGUCGCGCAAGGAUCAUCGCGUCAUCGAAGCAUGCAAGGGUCUCGGAAUCACUGACAUGUCCAAGGUGUUCAUCGAUGCCUGGGCGAUUGGUAUGGACGAGCGAUGGGGCUAUGAGCGCCGUCUCCAGCAGGGUUUGGCAUACUACCGUAACUCUGAGUUCGACAACCAGUACGCCCACCCUCUGGACUUCUCCGUUGUGGCCGAUACCGAGCGGGAGGAGAUCCUGAGUGUGGACAUCCGCUACGUGAACGGCGAACGCACGGCAAUGCCGGUUACCGAGCACAACUACCUGCCCCAGUUUAUCGGAGACAAGUACAACCAUGACCGCCUGAAGCCGAUCGAUAUUGUCCAGCCUCAGGGUGUCUCGUUCCAGGUGAAGGGUAAUGAGCUGUCCUGGGCCGGCUACAAGAUGCACAUCGGAUUCAACUACCGAGAGGGUAUCGUCAUCUCCGAUGUCCGCGCGCAUGAUAUGCAUCAAGACCGCGAACGUACCUUGUUCAACCGAAUCAGCGUGGUCGAGAUGGUGGUACCGUACGGUUGCCCGGAGAAGCCACACCACAAGAAGCAUGCCUUUGAUGUCGGCGAGUACGGAAGUGGCUUCAUGAGCAACUCGUUGAAGCUAGGCUGUGAUUGCAAGGGUGCGAUUCAUUACAUGGACGGAGUGAUGGCCCUGGCCAGUGGCGAAGCAGCAGUGGUCAAGAACGCCAUCUGUAUCCAUGAGGAGGACAAUGGUCUUCUGUAUAAGCACACUGAUUUCCGCGACGGCACAGUGAUCUCCGCUCGUGAUCGCAAGUUGAUUAUCUCGCAAAUCAUCACGGCGGCCAACUAUGACUAUGGAUUCUACCAUAUCUUCUCUCUCGACGGAACCUACAAGCUGGAAAUGAAGCUUACCGGCAUGUUGAACACCUACCCCCUGCACUCCACCGAACAGGCUGCCCCGUACGGAACCGAGGUGGCUUCUCGAAUCACUGCCCAUAACCAUCAGCACAUCUUCUCGCUGCGUAUCGAUCCUGAGGUGGACGGCCAGAACAAUUCCGUGGUUCAGAACGACGCCGUUGCAUCAGACUACCCAGUGGGAUCGCCCCAGAACUUCUACGGCAAUGCAUUCUACAGCAAGAAGACACCCCUGCGCACGUCUCUGGAAGGCGCCGCUGAUUACUGCUACGAAACGCAACGAACCUGGGAUAUCAUCAACCCGAACUCGAUUAACCCAGCUUCGAAGAGGCCCGUUGGAUUCAAGAUCAUCAACACAGCCGCUGCUCCCUUGUUAGCGAAGCCCGGUGGUGUCGUCCACAACCGCGCAGCCUUCGCACGGAAGCCUCUCUGGGUGCUUCCCUACAAGGAUUAUGAAUUAUACCCUGCUGGAGACUUCGUCUGCCAGUCGACCGGUCAGGAGAACCACCCUCAUAACCAGACCAUCCUUGACUGGGCCAAGCGGAACGAGUCUAUCGAGAACACUGAUAUCGUCUGCUACCUCCAGUUUGGCCUGACCCACUUCCCACGUACUGAGGACUUCCCCAUCAUGCCAGCCGAGCCUGUCGGCAUCAUGCUCCGCGCUUCGAAUUUCUUCGUCAAGAACCCUGGUCUUUGGGUGCCACCCUCUUCAGUGUGCGUUGAUACCAUGUCUCGCAACGCCUUCGAUACUUCCUGCUGUGCGGGCAGCAAGCCAGGAGACCAUUCGAGGUUGUAG